GGAGCCGGGCGGCCGCCCCCGCCGGAGAAGCUGACGGUCCGGCGGCAGGCGGAGGGCGUCCGAAACAUUAUCUUGAACAACCCGAGGAAAAGAAACGCCCUGUCCCUCUCCAUGCUGCAGUCCCUCCGGGAGGACCUGCUGCACGACGUCAAGAGCAAAGACCUGCGAGUUAUUAUCAUUUCAGCUGAAGGACCUGUAUUUUGUUCCGGCCAUGAUUUAAAGGAACUGUCAAGUGAGGAUGAUGUGAAGCAUCAUUCCCAAGUAUUUGAAAUAUGUGCAGAGGUUAUGACUUUAAUCCAGAAACUUCCCGUACCAGUGAUUGCCAAAGUAAAUGGCUUGGCUACAGCAGCAGGCUGUCAGCUUGUGGCAAGCUGUGACAUUGCAGUGGCAAGUGAGAAAUCUCAAUUUGCUACUCCUGGAGUAAACAUCGGACUGUUUUGCUCCACACCGGCUGUGGCCUUGGGCAGAUCUCUUCCAAGAAAGGUGGCAUUAGAGAUGCUUUUCACGGGUGAACCUCUUUCUGCCCAAGAAGCGUUAAUGCACGGGCUUGUCAGCAAGGUGGUACCAGAAGACAAGCUGGAAGAAGAGACCAUGAAAAUCUCUCACAAGAUAUGUGAAAGCAGCAAAUCCAUCUUGGCAUUGGGGAAAGCCACCUUUUACAGACAGAUGACACAGGACCUUGACACCGCUUACAAAAUGACUACUCAGGUCAUGGUGGACAAUUUGACUUUGAGAGAUGGGCAGGAAGGUAUUGAAGCCUUUAUUCAGAAACGUAAGCCUGUCUGGUCACACUCUCAGGAUCAGAAGAAAUGAAUCCUGUUUCUAAGCUAACCUUAGCUGUGCUUUAUGAUUCUUCACGCACUUGCCUUUGGAAACUACAUUUUUGUUCUUACUGAAAGUUAAAUUUCUCUUCUUACAUAUGCCAAAGACACAAUAAAUUCAUUCUAAGUAUAUAAUAAAUUUAAGAAAAAUCAA